AUGACGUUUCACUUUGGCCGCAAGCCUGAUGAGCAGUGGCUGAAGGAACUGCGCAGUGCCGAUCAACUGCCUGAUGAGGCAAGCCAGGCUCGAGUUCCGCACACGGCCAUGCCCCCUGCCCUCGAAGGCGCUUUUGCUGCCCUCAUUGAGCUAGUGUUCCAGAUCCUAACCGCCCCGCAAUCGGUGGACGGCAUGGUCAAGGCCAUCACUACUUUGGGCCAACAACAUGACCUCCCUCAGAAGCAAGCUGAAACGCUCGUCAAGGCCUGGCUCAUGUUCUUCCGCGCUGUUCAACGUGCCAGUCUCAACCCCAAACAACUGUUCGAAGACGUGACUGCUCUAGGCUAUGGCAAAGGAAAGGCGACCUUUAUUGCCAAGCAAUUCAAAGCACAGCUCGCCGAGCUUUCCAUGACACUCGUCGGCCAAACGUUCUCCAUUCACAACCUGGUGGACAUGCAGUGGAAAUUUGGAGUGACGGCCGGGAGCUCUGUCUUUGAGGCAUCAGGCGAGACCUUUCUUCAACUGAAACUCACCCUGAACAAGGGCCAAGGCAACGAAGACGUUUACAUGGAAUUGACCCUGCCACAGUUUUACGAAUUUUUGCGAGCCAUGGAGUCUGCCAAGCAGAGCCUCGAAGCUCUGUCGUGA